UGUUUCUCGAGUGAUGGCCGUAGGCCCAAAACCGUCACAAAGGGGUCCCCAAGCCCAACGGGCUAAUCCACAAGCUGCUUACUAUGAAGCCCUCCUUUUCUGCCAUCAGGAAUUGGCGAUCGGAUUCGGGCUGAGCUCAUCGGACUCUCUUCGAAAAUUGCUCGGAGACGACGGAGCAACAGGCCGCGGCACGGCGGCGGCGGGGCUCUCGCUCAACCAGGCAUUUCUCUUCCUCCUCCUCCUCUUCAAUACGCAAGCCGACCUGCUCUUCCUCCAGUAGUCGACGGUUCACGUUUUCCUCGUCGACUGAAGAAGAACGGCGGGAAUGCCACGGUAGAGUUUCGCCGGUUUGAGAUGAGGAGGCUUUGUAGGUACGGCCGCUGCUGUCGCAAUCUCGCUCGGGAGUACAAUCCAUCUCCGCCUCCUGCGUUGCCCGGUGCCGGACCUCCGAUUGCGAAUCCUGAAUCCUCGCGGCGGAUAUUGCCGGGGCUGUCCGCGCCUCGCUGGUGUCUCGACGAAUCCCCGUUUCCCCCGCGCCGCCCUGCUGCCGCGGCCGGCGUCGCCGUGCGGUUGUUCUGCACGGACGUCGUCUCGUCGGGGCGGCCCGAAGACGUCCGUGGCGUGGAGGACGGGGGUUUAGAUAGCGAUGCCGAUAAGGUGUAUAAAAUCGUGAUGGAUCAUUCUUGUGCGUAUCAUGACAUGGAGAAAGCCUUGGACCAGGCCGGCAUUGGCCUGACCACCGCUUUGGUCGUCGGCGUGCUUCACCGGCUUCGAUACGAGGAGAAGAUAGCGUUCCGUUUCUUCACGUUGGCGGGGCACCGGGAAGAUUACGAGCACGAGCCUCCGGUUUAUAACGCGAUGAUGGACAUACUGUCCAGUACGAAGUACAAGGCGAAGCAGUUUCGAAUUGUCUGCGACCUGUUGGAUUACAUGAAGAGGAAGGAGAAGAAGAGAGUCCCUAUGGAAGUUCUUCUGAGGAUAUUGAGGGAGUACACGGAGAAGUAUUUGACACAUCUUCAGAAAUUCGCUAAGAAGAAGAGGAUUCGGGUGAAGACCCAGCCGGAGAUAAAUGCCUUUAACUUGCUAUUGGAUUCCUUGUGCAAGUGCAGUUUGGUUAAGGAUGCCGAAGAACUGUUUGAGAGAGUGAAGAAUAAGGUUAAACCCGAUUCUAAUACUUACAGCAUAUUGUUCUUUGGUUGGUGCAGAGUAAGAAAUCCGACUAGAGGAAUGAAGGUUCUGGAAGAGAUGAUCCAAAUGGGUCUCACGCCUGAUAAUUUCACUUACAAUACUGCGAUCGAUGCUUUUUGUAAAGCAGGGAUGGUAACCGAGGCAGCUGAACUGUUUGAGUUUAUGCGAACCAAAGGCUCCACCAUGUCUUCUCCCACUGCGAAGACCUACGCGAUCAUGAUUGCGGCUUUGGUUCAGAAUGAUCAACUGGACGAGUGCUUUAAACUCCUGGGACAUAUGAUAAACAGUGGUUGCCUUCCUGAUGUUUCAACCUACAAGGAGUUUAUUGAAGGGAUGUGUAAGGCUGGGAAGGUUGAGGAAGCUUAUAAGUUCCUGGAAGAGAUGGGAAACAAAGGUUAUCCCCCUGACAUUGUCACCUAUAACUGCUUCUUGAGGGUUCUUUGUGACAACAAAACGGUGGAUGAAGCGAUUAGGCUUUAUAGGAAAAUGAUUGAGGUCCAGUGCAUGCCCAGCGUACAAACCUACAAUAUGCUGAUCUCAAUGUUCUUUCAGAUGGGUGAUCCUGAAGGGGCAUAUGAGACAUGGCAUGAGAUGGAUGAGAGGGGCUGUGCACAGGAUGCAGAUACAUACUGUGUGAUGAUUGAAGGGCUUUUUGACUGCAAUAUGGUGGAAGAAGCACGAUUUCUUCUGGACACAGUCAUAAAUAAAGGUUUGAAAUUGCCAUAUCGAAAGUUUGACUCUUUUCUGAUGAAGCUAUCAGUAACUGGUGAUCUUCAAGCCAUUCAUAGACUUUCAGAGCAUAUGAGGCAGUUUUACAAUCCUGCUAUGGCCAGACGACUUGCGCUAAACGAAAAGAGGAAAAGCGUGAGGUUGAGAGGAAAGUGAGAAAAUAUAGAGGCAGUCACAAGCCAAGUCCUAUGUGAUCAGAUAGUCGUACCUUAUCGUCUACAUGCUAAUUGAGGAUUGUUUUACCAUAAAAAUACAAGAACAUCCUGAGAGUUUCUCAUCACAACGUGGAUAACUUAGUUUAAAGCUGCCUAUGCAGAACUUGACCUUGAGACUUUACUGUACUUCUUUCUCAUACAUCGAGCCAAAUUGUCCAUCUUCUACAACUGCUAAGGUCUAUACAAAUGCUUCAAAUUGGAGGUGAUCAAAGUCACAGAUUAUGGCAUUCUUUGCUAGAAUAGUUUAUCUGAUCAAAAUGCAAGACGGAGAUGUGUAUAAUGAUGACCUCAACUAGCCUUAAGUGCCCUUCUCAAAUCUGGUUUUUGUGUUGCCGAUAAAAGAAUGAAAGGGAUAUAAAUGCAUCAUCUUUCACGAUUUGCUGUUUGGGGUUCAAAAUCUCUUCCGUGGUUUGAAAUUUUGGUGGUGCUGUCAGCAAGGAAGGAGGACACAUAGAAGAGUCCUUAGCUCUAUUGCAUUGGCCUCGAUCUGAACUCCUGAGAAGUUACCUUCAGCAAUACACAUUGCCUAUAAAUGUAUCUUUCAUUGCCUCUGUAUGAAGAAAUUCUUUUUAAGAGGACAAAUUUCAAGAAAAGGGAAAUAGGUUUAGAUGUCAGAAGAUGUUCUCUUAUUAAUAAGAUCUGCCAUCAUUCAAGUGCUGUUUCUGCCUAACAACGAACAAAGGAGAGCUUUCUGGCCAAAAUCGGCAAGUCACUUCCAACACCAACGUAGAAACAACCAACAAAUCAAAAUUUAUGGUUUGAAGUUCAAGAGAGAGACAGAGAGGAAAGGGCUGCUUACAAGUUUUGUUGAAAUGAUUUGCUUCAAUUUUCACUCUUCUACAGUGCCAAGAUUGAUAUGUUUGAACUCCUCUUCCAUGUUCCACUUACUUGAAGACGGAUCACAUAUUGCAACAUUUACUCAAUUUGCUUUUGUUCUAUUGUAAAUGUAAUUGAAAUCGCGGGUUCAUGGUUCUAUCUGCCAUUACAUGUGUGAAUAACUUAUGUCGCUAUUCUAAUAGAUAAUCUUUUAACAACUCAGAUGUUGCCAUUUGAGGUCAUGGAUAGAGAGACUAGCUGAUGACUUUGAUUGGUAGAAUUAUGUAAUGGGACUAUCUGUGUAGUUUGAUUUCUUAUAUAGAGAUAUCACACCCUGUGUUCACAUUUGAUGGAUUUAUUCUUUUCUUGUGGAUUUUCUCCAUGGUUAUGUGUACCACAAGAAGUAUUUGGAAAAACCAUUGAUGAUGGAUAAACAAAGUCAAUUUUAGUGUAGAGGAUACAUAGGGAGUCCAGUCUCUUUCUGCGGGACUGGGGGUAUUAUACUCUUUUUUCAUUUGAUAUAUGUAAUCAAAUUGGAGCAUGGUGACUUUGGCCUUCAGGUACAUGCCAAAUGGCCUCUCAGGAACCAUUUGUCAAUUUAUUUCUAAUGCCAAGUGCGGAUCAUGGAGGCUAUUGAAUUUGAGGUUAUAAAAUGUUAUCAACUUGAAGUACUUCAGUUUCUGGAUCUCGCUGCUUGAGGUUAGCUGUAAUUUGCUCUGCCUAUAGCUUAAUGCAUGACGGAGGUUUUGGACUGUUCUUUAGCUUAAUAAUGGUAGUCCUUAUAAGACCAUUUAUUACUGGUUGAACUUGACAUGCUGACGGAUGCUUUCAAGAUGAUAUCACAGGAUGUGUUUUUCUGUCGUUCCACUUCCACGCCUACAUAUUCUGGAACUUCCAAGUUUUCUGUUCAAUUAAACAUUCAAAUAGUGUUUCUGCAUAUAUGAUCCAUGUAACACAUCCGCACCUUUCAUGAACAUAAAUUUCAGUUGUGCUUAUUUACUUCAUGUGUUGUCUCAAGUACCUAAUUUGAAUGUCUAUUAUGUAUGACACCACAGUUAGUUGUUGCCACAAAACAUUAAUGAUCACUCUUCUAUCACUCUUACUGUACAAUCUGUCAUCUAUUUGUCUGCUCUCUCUUCCACUUAACAUGUGCUGAGUUAGACGUAUCUUUCUCCAUUUAUUUUAAUAGCAGGGCACUUUGCUUCUGAAAAGUUUCUAAUCUUUGGAACAGAUAAUAGUGACAAGAUACGGAUUUAAGGUGAAACUUUGCUUGAGAUGCAAAGAUGAAAAGUGAAAUGACUGGCUAUUACUGCAGUUUGAUCCUUGUAUAGCAAAUGUAGUUGGAAUUAGCAUUGCCGCUUAACCUUAUAACUUGGCAUUUGCUGAUUUUAGGAAUGGCCAUCCAUUGCUCUGCUGCUUCGUCUUAGGAAGGAGAUCCAUCACAUCCAAUAUAAGCCACCUAGUUGGGAUGGCUUUGAUUUUUCUUUAGUUGGGCGGCCUUUGGAUGGUUAAUGUAACAUAUUUUACAGCGUGCCUCUACCAGAUUAUAUUUAAACAGAGAUUGGAAUUGGCGGACAAAAUGCUUCCGCACUUAUAGAGUUAGGCAUUUCGGACAAAAGUGAAAUGAGGUGGCAUCUGCUGAAGUUAGGUAUGGCCAUCCAUUUCUCUGCUGCUUCAUCUUAGGAAGGAGAUCUUUCACAUCCAAUAUAAGCCACCUAGUUGGGAUGGCUUUCAUUUUUCUUUAGUUGGGGGGGCCUUUGGAUGGUUAAUUUAAGAUAUUUUACAGCGUGCCUCUACCAGGGUAUAUUUAAACGGAGAUUAGAAUUGGCGGACAAAAUGCUUCCACACUUUUAGAGUUAGGCAUUGCAGAGAUAGUAGGCUGGGAAGGGCAUGAGGAAUAUUUAGUGCACUAGUUUUAAUUCCAAACUUUUAAAGUUAUAGGAGCAGACUUUCUUUUUUGGCACUCAUAUCAUGUGCUAUUUUAUUAAAUGGGAAUGGUCAUGUUCGAUCCGACUCUAUUGCUAUUAUAGCACUUAUGAGGUUCCCCUCUCACAAGAUGCUUCUGAAUACGCUAAUUUGCUUCCUUCAGCAUCUUCGAUUAACUUACUGCUCUAAAGCGUGUUGACGAGAUCACGUCUCUCUCUCUCUCGGCGAUUUUGGAGGUGCGUGAUGCGUAUGGCCUGUAACAUGCUAUACGAUCAAGUGUUCCCAUUCUAGCAUCUCCAGUCGCCUGGUUUCUCUGACCCCCAAUCUGAACUCUUUUACACAUUUCUUCAUAGUAGUCUGAAAGAAUCUUUGAAAAAUGCACCGAUCUAAGACAUGUGAUUUAAGGAAUAGACUCUAACUUUUUCGCACAAACUACAGUAUUCCCAUAGCUCUCAGUUAUCAUUUCUAAUCCACUAUGAGUAGCUCGUCAAUGUUGGCCUAUCUGUACUUUGGAUAAAGUCAUACUUGGCUUAAGGCAUGAAUUUCCUUUUUGACAUUUUUCUUUUGACAUUCCAUUCCAUUCUUCCCAGAACCUGUUUAACCCUGUCUAGGCACUAUCAAAUCAUAUGCAAGAGGACAAAAGGCAUUGCAGCGUAGGCUUUAUUGCUUCUUGUACUCAGUGGAUCUUGACAGUAUGGUUGAAUUAUUAUUAUUGUUAUAAUUUUUUUAAUGCAUAAGAGUGUUGCUGGUUUGAACCUUGGAUCAGAUUCAAGAAUGGUCAUUAUGAAUUAAUGUAGAUAUAAGCUGCAACAUGGAGAAAUUGAAUUUCUGUGGUCUCUAAAUCAUGGUUUAAUUUGUAGAUAAGUUGAAAAUGUCAUCCUUUAUAUCUCAAUUAGGUAGUAUAAGUAUUUGCCUCUGUAUUCUAUUGGAAGCAUAAUUGAUAUUUGACCGAUCAACAUCAUAUUCUGAGAUUGCGCGUAACUUUAAGGGUGACGGUAUUUCUUUAUUUACACGCAGAUGUGGUGUAAUCAUUUCCAGCUUUGUGGAGUACACCAUGGCAAUGACGAUUGCUGAAGUUGGAAAUUUGCAUUUGGACGCUCGAUGGCGUUGUCACUUUCUUGGACUUUUAUUCUGUGGAUGCUGCCGACUCUUGGAGUAAUAUUGAAGAUUCUGGACGCACUCUUUUCCACAUGAUGCAACUCGAGAGGUUUGUUAUAAAGAUACGCUCCUUUAUCUGUCGAAUAUGAACACGACAAAAUGUUGUAAUCAUCUUGGACUUGUGAAUAUGAAGUCUCAAUCCACACUUGAGCCGAAAGAAAUGGUCUUUUAGUGCAGCUGUUCUUCGUGCUAUUGAUAAAAGUUUCCACAUGAAAAGGAUUUCUUCAACUAAUACCUCCAAUUUUAUAGUGGGUGCUCCAUUGUCAAGGGCUCCUCAUUGGCUGUAGACUUUCCUCUCCUGAAAAUCUUACAAUCAAAAGCACUUCUUAGAUGGCCAAUUCCCGGCCUUUUGCAGAAAACAUUCUGCUAGAUUCUCUUGCUCCCAUUAGAAGCAAGCCUUAAAUUAAAAAUAAAAAAUUGUUGCAAUCAGAAAGGAGGAAAAGCUCUGUUGAAUUUAGUGGUCAUACAGUGAAAGACAGCAAGUUUCUAUUGUAUAGAUACGGAAGAAGGUGUCAUAUUCCAUCAGAAUCAGUAUAUUAUUCCAUUUAAAGUGACGGCUAAUAAUGACUUUAAGAUAUCCUUAUCUGCCACCUAAUGCCCUCAAAAGUAAUUUGCACUCAAAUUCAUUUUGCAUUUUCUCUAAUUUCUUCAACUGGAUUUCUGUUACAGGUAUCAUAUUCCGAGCUACAGAUACUUGAAAAGAAUGGUAAAACACUUUUUAAGAGAUAGAUAUUGCUAUGGUAGGCAAGUAGAAGGAUGAGUACUAUUGAUUUACAUACAAAAGAAGAAAAGACUUUCUUGUUUUGUUUUUUUUUUGUUUUUUUUUUUUUUUUUAUAGGUAGAAGAAAAGACUUUCAAGAGAUGCUAGAGAGAGAGAGAGAGAGAGAGACAGAGAGAUGAGAUGUUAGCGAUAGAUAGUUGUGAGUUGGUUAUCAUGUGGAUAGAGGCCCAAUGUGCAAUGCUAUUUCUUUGGAAUCUGAAUGGUUUAUAAGUUAGCUUUCGGCUGCCCAUGGUUGAGAAGUUGUGAUUUCUUCUGGAAUUGGAAACCCUUGAUUCUGAAUAAACAUAGGGGUCGUAAUCAGCCGGUAUGAACCAAGCAAAGAAAGGCAAGGCGUUAAUCAGGGACUUGCCCAUGCUUAAAGCAGAAAAUAGUCUUCCUUAGAGGAACGAUUUUCCAUGGGUUUGUAAAAGGCAUUCCUCUCACAUGGUCAAUUGUGGUGGUGCUACAGUCAAGUGAUUACUUCAUUUCAGAGACAGAUGGCCAAUAUCUGCUCAAGGAAGCUCUUUGGUGACCAAAUAUAUCAGCUUGGGGAUGUAUACGGAGCGUCGAAUACUUGCAAAAGAAGAUUUCUGGACUGCACGCAUAAUUUGAGUUAAUUCAAGAUCAUUACCAUCUUUGUCUACAUCCAUACUGAUGCUGUGUUGUUGUUAAGCAUGCAGGUGAAUUAAGAUCUUGAAGCUCCUGCGAGAAUUAAACAGCCUCUCCGGCUAUAUCAGGAAAAAUACAUGUGGCUGAAGGGAAACACAUAAGGCCAAAAAAAAAAGAAGAAGAGGAAGAAGAAAAGAAAGUAGGUGAAACUGGUGAACAGUCAGGACUUAAGAAGAAGUUUAAGCAUGAAACUACUGCUGAGCCUGUCAGUUUAAUCAUUCUAGUACUUUCAGAAGUUACUGUUUCACUUGAUUCCACAGAACUUUUCAUGGUGCAGGCGAUCAACGAUCACGAGUCCAUCUUCACAGUUAAAGAAAGUGGAGAGUUAGAGAGAGAGAGAGAGAGAGAGAGAGAGAGAGAGAGAGAGGUGGUGAACACUUAAAAAGCGGUUGAAUUACCAAGUUGUUCACGGUUCAAGAAACGGGUUGAGUUCAGUAGCGACGGUGACCUAUGUUGUGGCCGAUUUUGGUGUCUUUAAAUUUAGACAUAUGUUGGGUGAAAAAUGGGGGACGGAUACGUCGAACCCAUUAAACAAUCUGUUUCUCCAACUUUGAGAGUGUUAGGCCAACGGUCAAAGGAAGAGACUCCUGUCUCCCUUUUCAUUACUUUAUUCCAUGCCAAGAUUAGACAAACUUCUCAUCGUUGGUUGUACAUUAAUUAUAGGAUUCAGACAUUCCCUCUCUGUUUCUCUA